UUGUAGUACUCGUCGCGUCGCCAGAAACUAACCAUUCUUUCCAUAUCCUUCCUUCCUUCCUUCUCCUUCCUUCCGUCCUUCUUUCCUACUCCUCCAAAACUAAGCCAGCGAAUCCGCCCUGCUCCUCAGACCUCAAGAAUCAAAGACAGACUAGACAUGGAGCCACCUCCCUCCUCUCGAGGUCCCGCUAGCUUCCGCACCCAAGCCAACGCCCUCCUCCGCAAGAAUCUCACCUUCCAGAAGCGGAAUCUGAAGACCAACUUCGGGAUCGUCGCUUUCCCCUUCUUUCUAUGUGCCGUCAUCGUUAUCAUCCAGCAGGUGGUCAACAACGAGCUGAACCAGGACAGGUACCAAUGCGGCUGCCAGGACGGUGUCUGCGGCCUCCAGUACUCCACCCUCGACCAGGUCGCCACUUGCCCCAUCCCCAAUCCUCCCGAGUGGCCGGUGCUCCUCCAGAUCCCCCGUCCCGAGUACCGCGCCGUUCGCGACGCCGGCCUCCCCACCGAGGAUUCAUGCAGGAGCUCUCUGUCCUGUCCCGCAGCACUCCUCUUCACCGGCGGCAACCGUUCCCUCGCCCAGAGUCUGGGGCAGACCCUGUUGCAAGGUUCUUCUUCGUUCUCGUCGCUGAAUUCGUUGGAUUACCCCAGUAACAUGGCUAAUUUCGUGCUUGGGACGGACACAUAUACCAGAGACACACAGUUCAUCGAGCCCGCUUUUAUCUCGGAUAGACCUUUAUAUUGGAUCCAACCGGAGUGCCCGUCCAGUGCGACAACUCCACUUUCAUUUCAAGUUGCUAACAGAUCUAUUCAACUGGAGUUACAGUGUGUUCAAGGACUUACUCUGUGGCGUGAUAAUUCAUCACAGAUAAAUGAUGAGUUGUUUAGGGGUUACCGAGAGGGAAAUUCUGAGAGGAAGGAGAAUGAGUACAUUGCAGCCUAUGAUUUUUUGAACUCCAAUGAAAAUGUAUUUAAUCUAAGUAUUUGGUAUAAUUCAACCUAUAACAACGACACUGGCUUUGCGACAAUUGGAUUGACACGUGUUCCUCGCACAGUAAAUUUGGCCACUAAUGCAUACCUAAAGUUUCUCAGAGGUCCUGGUGUGAUAUCAAUGUUUGAGUUUGUUAAAGAAAUGCCAAAAUCUGGGACAGAGCUUAAGUUUGACUUUUCUUCUAUACUUGGUGGAUUAUUCUUCACGUGGAUCAUUGAGAUGCUUUUCCCAGUUAUUCUGACAUAUCUUGUCUACGAGAGGCAACAAAAGUUAAAAAUGAUGAUGAAAAUGCAUGGGCUCAAGGAUGGUCCCUAUUGGUUAAUAUCCUACAUCUACUUUUUCUCUCUAUCAUCACUCUACAUGCUAUGCUUUGUGGUGUUUGGCUCUUUAAUAGGCCUAAAAUUUUUCCGCUUGAAUGAUUACAGCAUACAAAUUGUCUUUUACCUGGUAUUCAUAAAUUUGCAGAUUGCAAUGGCUAUUCUUGUAUCAUCCUUCUUUUCUGCUGUUAAGACUGCUACAGUUAUCGGGUACAUUUAUGUAUUUGGUUCGGGAUUAUUAGGAGAGUUCCUUUUCCGAUUUUUUAUUGAAGAUACUUCUUUCCCUAGAGCUUGGAAAAUAGUACUGGAGCUCAUUCCUGGAUUUUCCUUGUAUCGUGGGCUAUAUGAGUUUUCCCAAUAUGCUUUUAUUGGAAAUUUAAUGGGGACUUCUGGUAUGAAAUGGGGAGAUUUAAGUGACAGCGAAAAUGGGUUGUUAGAAGUAUUAAUCAUUAUGUUUGUUGAGUGGUUACUACUGCUUCCAGUUGCAUUCUAUCUAGAUCAGAUAUUGGGUGGUGAAAUCAGAAAGGAUCCUCUAUUUUUCUUGGAUUAUUUCCAGAAGAAAUCUACAUUACCUACAAGGCCUGGUUUUCAGGAAAAAGGGUCAAAAGUUUUUAUUGAAAUGGAUAGGCCUGAUGUUUCUCAUGAACGAGAAGUUGUUGAGCAGCUGUUACAAGAUUCUAAUAUUAAUCACGCAAUUAUCUCUGACAACCUAAGAAAGGUAUACCCAGGAAGAGAUGGAAAUCCAGAUAAACUUGCAGUUCAAGGAUUAUCUCUGGCUGUACCUAAUGGUGAAUGUUUUGGCAUGCUUGGUCCUAAUGGUGCUGGAAAAUCUACUUUUAUCAAUAUGAUGAUUGGGCUGGUCAAACCAUCUUCUGGCACAGCAUAUCUCCAUGGAAUGGACAUAAGUAUCAAUAUGGAUGAGAUAUACACAAGCAUGGGCGUGUGUCCGCAGCAUGACUUGCUUUGGGAAACAUUAACUGGAAGAGAACAUCUAUUGUUUUAUGGCCGACUGAAGAAUCUCAAAGGCCCCACGUUGCUGCAGGCUGUUGAAGAGUCCUUGAAGAAUGUGAAUCUGUUCUAUGGUGGUGUUGCAGAUAAACAGGCUGGAAAAUAUAGUGGUGGAAUGAAAAGGAGACUUAGCGUUGCAAUUUCUCUUAUUGGCGAUCCUAAAGUUGUUUACAUGGAUGAGCCGAGUACUGGCCUCGAUCCAGCAUCAAGAAACAACUUAUGGAAUGUUGUCAAUCGUGCAAAGAAAGAUCGGGCGAUUAUAUUGACAACACACUCAAUGGAGGAAGCUGAGGUACUAUGUGAUCGUUUGGGUAUCUUUGUUGAUGGAAGCUUUCAAUGCAUAGGAAAUCCAAAGGAGCUCAAGGGUAGGUACGGUGGAUCUUAUGUCUUUACCAUGACUACAUCUGCAAAUGAAGAAGAGGAGGUAGAAGGGCUGGUUAGGCAAUUGUCACCAAAUGCAAACAAAAUCUAUCACAUCUCUGGAACCCAAAAGUUUGAGUUGCCAAAGCAAGAGAUUCGAAUUUCCGAUGUUUUCAGAGCAGUUGGGAUUGCAAAAAGUAAAUUCACAAUCCAUGCAUGGGGUCUGGCCGAUACCACUUUGGAAGAUGUCUUCAUUAAAGUUGCCAAAGGAGCAGAAUUCAAUAUGCUUUCAUGAUCGUCCAAAUAGUUAGAGCUGGUACACGUUCCCAGAUAUCAAAGGAUAAAAACAAUCUUUACAUCCUCACAAAAAAAAAUGUAUGGCUUUCAUAGAAUACUACAUUUUAGUUGCGAGAGCAAUGAUAUAUGGUCUCCUAUAUAUGUGCAUUUGUGUCUUAAAAUUAUAUUAUAAACCAAAUUUUCCAUUGUUUACUAGACUUUUGUAUAUUUUCUCAAUUUGAUCAAUAAAGUUUGGCUUAUGGUUAAGUUAA